GACCUUCCCCUUCUCUCUCUCUCUCUCUCUCUCUCUCUCUCAGAUCCGCAUCCGCUUCCCAGCGCCCCCCGAUCGAAGAAGCCAAGCAGCCAGCCCGAACACAGCAGCGCAAGCCACCGCACCAAUCCCACCGCCCGAGGCCCGAUCCAGCGCCACCCCCGCCGGCCAGGGCCCGCCCUCGCCCCGCCCCGCCCGCGCGCCAUGUCCUCCUCCACCGCGUCGUGGUCGCGCUACGGCGCCGUCCCCACCUCACCCCCGCCUCCGCCGGCCAGGCCGGAGGGUGUCGCGGUGGCGGACGGGGCGGCGGGCGGUGAGGCGGCGGCGCCCUCGUCGUCCGCGACGGCGGCGGAGGCCGGGGUCGCCUUCUUCUCCCGCGCGCGGGCGUUCGCGGGGUCCGCGGCGGGGCGGCCGCGCGCGUGGCGGGAGGUGCUGGACCCGACGGCGUUCUCGCGCCCCGACAGCUGCGGGGAGGCCCGCGCGCGGGCGCGGCGGAACCUCGCCUACUUCCGCGCCAACUACGCGCUGGCGGCGCUCGUGCUCGUCUUCCUCGGCCUCGUCUACCGCCCGGUGUCCAUGCUCGUGUUCCUGGCGCUCUUCGUUGCCUGGCUGGGCCUCUACUUCGGCCGCGGCGAGGGGAAGCCGCUCGUCUGCCUCCGCCGCGAGGUCGACGACCGCGUCGUGCUGGCCGUGCUCUCGGCAGCCACGGUGCUCGCCGUCGCGCUCACACGCGCCGGGCUCAACCUCCUCGUCUCGCUCGUCGUCGCCGCAGCCGUCAUCGGCGUGCACGCCGCGUUCAGGGUGAACUACUACCUCGACGAGAGGGACGCGUUCGACGUCGCCGGCGGCUCAUUCACGGAUAACGGAUACGGCUACACGCUCCCGAGAUGAUAGAGGCGGGGGCAAUUCAGCUGAUGAGAUUGUUGAUUGUGUUCUUGGAUGGGGCAGGGGAUUCUUGGUGGUUCUGAUCCAUCCCUGGGAGUUUGCAAGGUGUUCAUGGAAGCUGUGAUGUUCUUACUAUUUUUGCAGCGUGUUCUUAACUUCAUUUGUAGUUUGCAUGCUGUGUACAGCCAUUUUCGGGUUCCUUUUGAUUUCGAUGUAGUGAUGUGUAAUUUUUGUGCAAUUUUGAGGUGAUUGGGAUCUGGGAUUAUUUAAAUUGCUUUGAA